CCUAAUAACACCUUCCAAUCUAUCCAAAACUGGAGGGAAGCCUUACCAUAAUCCAAAUACGAAAGAAUAUUAUUUAUGGGAAAGUUAAAUAAAUUUGUAGGCAGUAAAAGGGCAGUGUAGUCCUUUCUGGUACAGCCAAUCAUAUUUGCACACUUUUGCACAUCAAAUGCAAUGCAAGCAAACAAACAAACAAAAAGCCUAAACACCACCCCCCACCCCACCCAUCCAUGUCCAUAUCCAUCCGCGUUCAAAACACAGUCCCCCCUGUCGAAUUGUAAUUCUAAUUAUUUUGGUGUCUCGUUCGGUGGCUGGGUCAACAAUGGCGGACCCUGGUGGGGUAUACGAGUUCAUGAAAGAAGAAAGCAACAGGGGAAAAGCAAGUCCGUCGAGGAGAAUGUUCUCGUGCCUCUACUGUCCACGCAACUUCCAGACUUCUCAAGCACUUGGCGGCCACCAAAACGCUCACAAGCGUGAAAGAGCUGCUGCUGCUGCUUCUCGACGAAACGAACCACCUACGAAUCAACUCCUCCAGAAUCAGAAUCAGAACCAGAACCAGAACCAGAACCAGCCUUAUUGGCUGCUGGUCAAACCCACCACCACCAUCCAACAACCCUUCUAUGGCUCCACCUCCACCUCCUCAGCACCUCUUUGUGUUCGAGGCAGUGCUUCCACUCCUCAGUCUCUCUCUCCUCCUGCCACUGACGACUCUACUGACCCUGUAAAUCUAGACCUCUCCCUCCGAUUAUAAUCUCUCUCUCUCUCUCUAGGUUAUAUGUUUGUGUUUGAUUACUUUUCUGAGGUUGGGUUUGGGUUUGGUUUAGUGGGGUUUUGAGGCACUGACUGACCUAAUUAACUUAACUAUGCUCCUAUGGAAGUAGCUAGAAAUGGAGAGAAUGGUUUUGAUUAGUUUCUUUUUUUCGAAUAUAUUUAAUGAUGAUGAUAUAUAGAAAGAAACUUAGCAAGUUGAAGUUUGAGCUAACUUUCUUCACUUUACAUUACAUCACGGGUUUAACUUAUUCAAAGUGUUAAG